ACGGGUGACAGCGUAUAACAAACGUCAUCAAAUUUUGCAGUGAAAGAAAAGUGCAAUAGUGUAAAAUUGUUGAGAUUCCGCUAAUUUUAAUAGAAUUGACACCUUGAAAUUAUAUUCAAAAGUUGAAAAGUGUAUUUGCGAACAAAUGUUAUGCUGCGAAACAGCAAGUUGAACGAAAACAACAUUUUUCUUAGAGUUUUACUAUAGUUUCACACCUACACCCUAUUCAAACAGAUUGACACAAGUUUUCUUUAGUGAAGUUUUCCAACGCCGCAGCGCUGUGAAUGAUCUCUUCAGCCUCACCAGUUGGUCUGUUCGGAAGCGCUUACAACAGCCGUAGAAGCAGCAGUAGUAGUAACAGCACUAUGCAGCAACAAUCCAGCGCCUCCGGCAGUAGCCCAUUUGCGGCAUACAACUCCUCUUCCACUAGUCCACAGAUGGGACUUGAUGUUGAAUUUGGUGCUGACCCAGCAAGUGGUGCAUUCUUUCAAUCGGAAGGACGCAAACAUGACGAUCUUAAACAAAUGUUGGAUAGCAACAAAGAUGGACUUAAGCUAGAAGCUAUGAAACGCAUCAUUGGUAUGAUAGCGCGUGGGCGUGAUGCAAGUGAUUUAUUUCCGGCUGUAGUAAAAAAUGUGGUUUCGAAAAAUAUUGAAGUGAAGAAACUGGUCUACGUUUACCUAGUGCGCUAUGCCGAAGAACAACAAGAUUUAGCACUGCUCUCUAUAUCAACAUUCCAACGUGCGCUAAAAGAUCCCAACCAGUUAAUACGCGCAUCCGCUUUGCGUGUAUUAUCGUCCAUACGCGUAGGCAUGAUUGUGCCCAUUGUUAUGCUGGCAAUACGUGACAGUGCUAUGGACAUGAGUCCAUAUGUGCGUAAGACUGCAGCGCAUGCUAUACCAAAACUAUAUUCAUUAGAUGCAGAACAGAAAGAAGAAUUGGUAACAGUAAUUGAAAAGCUACUCUCAGAUCGCACAACACUAGUCGUGGGCUCUGCUGUGAUGGCUUUCGAUGAGGUUUGUCCGGAACGUGUUGACCUCAUACACAAAAACUACCGCAAACUUUGUAACCUGCUCGUCGAUGUUGAUGAGUGGGGUCAGGUGAUCAUAAUCAACAUGCUCACACGCUAUGCACGCACUCAAUUCGUCGAUCCCAAUGCAGAUGAAGCCGCCGAAGACGAACUGAAGCAGAAAGAGGAUGGUAAUGAAAAUUUCUAUGAAGAAACAUCCAGUGGCGAUUCCUCCGACGAGAGUAGUAAGGCGAAGCGUGAAAAAAACAAACGAAAAUCUAAAACUGACACGCCAAAACAACGCACGUACUCAUCAUCUUCAUCAUACCAUGUAGAUUUGGAUCAUCGUCUACUCUUGCGUCAAACCAAACCGCUGCUACAAUCGCGUAAUGCUUCGGUGGUGAUGGCUGUAGCACAAUUGUACCAUCAUGUAGCGCCACGCAACGAAGUGCCACUAAUUGCGAAAGCACUAAUACGCCUGCUACGCUCACAUAAAGAGGUGCAGAGUGUUGUGCUGACCUGCAUUGCCUCGAUGUCAACAAAGCGCAAAGCAAUUUUUGAGCCGCACAUCAAAUCGUUCUUUGUGCGCACGAGCGAUCCAACGCACAUCAAGCUACUCAAAUUGGAUAUUUUGACAAAUUUGGCAUCGGCAACAACUAUUGCGCUGAUUUUGCGCGAAUUCCAAACAUACAUUUCCAGUAAUGAUCGUUCAUUCGUAGCGGCCACAAUACAAGCGAUUGGACGUUGUGCGGCGUCCAUAAAAGAAGUGACUGAAACCUGUCUCAGUGGUUUGGUGCAUUUACUGUCCAACCGCGAUGAACACGUCGUCGCAGAGAGUGUGAUCGUCAUUAAGAACUUACUGCAGUCGAAAUCUGCAGAGCAUUAUGAAAUCAUCUCGCAGAUGGCGAAAUUAAUUGAUUACAUCACCAUACCGGCAGCGCGUGCCUCCAUUUUAUGGCUUAUUGGCGAAUAUAAUGAGAAAGUGCCGAAGAUCGCGCCCGAUGUACUGCGCAAAAUGGCCAAAACCUUUGUGGAUGAGGAGGAUGUUGUUAAACUGCAAAUUCUCAAUCUCGGCGUCAAACUGUUUCUCACCAAUCCCGAGCAGACGUCACUACUCAGCCAGUAUGUUUUCACUUUGGCGCGCUAUGAUGCCAAUUACGAUGUGCGCGAUCGCGCACGUUUCCUACGCCAAUUCAUAUUCCCAGCCAAUGGCCGUACUAGCGUGCUCUCCGACAAUGCGCGUAAAAUCUUUCUCUCCUCGAAACCGAAACCCGCGUUAGAGAGUAAAUACUGUGAGCGUGAUCACUACCAAUUGGGCUCACUCUCACACUAUCUGAAUAUGCGCGCCACUGGCUACACAGAUUUGCCAGCAUUUCCUACUGAAGCACCCGAUACUACGGUGCGCAACAUUGAAGGCUAUAUGCAAGAAACUACCGCUAGCGCUGCAAACGCCACUGGCAGCGCUGCGGCACGUACACCACAGAAGCAAAGCAAGAAAAAUGCGCAAACAAGUAACGAUAAGAGUUUCUUCUCCGAAUCCGAGAAAUCUUCCGCCUACUCCGAGUCGGGCUCGGGUAGCAGUUCCUCCACGUCGUCAACAUCAAGUGAUGGCGAAUCAUCGGAAUCGGAAACGGAGCAUGUAAAUGACGUGGCUGCUGUGAAAAUUAAGAAAACGUCGAAACCGUCGGACGCCAAGUCGUCUGCCGCAACUGUGCUGGUAAACGCGUCGUCCAGCAAUGGCAACAACAAUGCGCAACACUUAAAUGCCAACAACAACGGUAGUAAUGACAGCGAAGGCACUUCGGAUAGCGCAUCCUCUUCGUAUGGCUCCUCCGAAAGCAGCAGCGAUAGCGAUACGAACACUGCGGAUGGCAGCGAGAGCAGUGAAUCGGAGACGGAGAGCGAAAAGCAACGCAAGUUCCAGCGUGUCAAAGAGAAAGCUAAGGAAACAAAGGCAAAAGAAAAGGUCAAGACAGCGCCUGUGGCUGAGCCGGCUACCGCAGCGCCAGCGAAAAGCAAUCUGGACUUGUUGCUAGAUUUGGAUGACAUACCGCCCGUUGGACCCGUGAUGACACCCUCACUCGGCGGUUUCCUAACACCCGCAACCCCGCUAGGCGGUGCCGUUGGUCUGUUACCCGUCAGCGCUGCCAAUCGCAUCGAAUUGGUCGGUCCCUCACACAUCGAAUUCAAGCACCGCGAAUUGUUGAACAAACUCUCCGGUCAUGGUUUGCAAGUGAGUUAUCGCUUCACACGCGCACCACACCUAUACUCCGCCGCUAUGGUUUCAAUCGAGCUACAAUUUGUCAAUCUAACCAACGAUGAGAUCACCAAUAUACAACUGAGUCAGCAAACGUUGCCUCAUGGCAUGCAGCUGAAUGAAUUUGCGCCCUUGCAAUGUCUACAGCCACAACAAAUGGGCACCAGCGUGCUCGGCAUUGACUUCAAUGACUCCACACAUGCUGUAGAACUGGAGAUCUCGACUAGCGCGGGCAAGUCGCGUGUCACGCUCAAGCCGCCGGUGGGCGAAUUGGUGCGUUCGGUGCAAAUCGGCGAGGCAUACUUCAAGGAGGAGCGCACCAAAUUGCGCGGCAUGAACGAGCAUCAGAGUCGCUUGCAAUUGCAGCGUGAGGCGGUUGAUGUGGCCGCAUUGAAGCAGCGCAUAUUCGAGUGUAUCAAUGUGGCGCAUCUGCCGGCAGGCGAUGGCAACAAGGAUGUGCUCUACUUUGUGGGACAAACUAUGAAUUCGAAAAGUCUGGUGUUGAUUACUUUGGACUGGCAGUCGGCGGAGGGCGCACAGCUGACAUUGGUGGUGAAUUGUGAGAAAAUGGUGAUCGGCUCGAUGGUCUUGAAUGAGUUGCGCAAUGCGCUCAGUUUGGCUUUUCAAUGUUAAAUCAAUGUUUGGAUCGCAGUGAAGUGCAUAAGAAGUUGUACUUUUUUUCUAAUUAUAUUUUAAGCAAAAGUUGUAUGAACAAAUUUAUUGAAUAACAGUAUAUGAAGUACAUUUAUGACAAGUAAAAUAUGUAUGCGUUAUAAGCGAAUGAUUAAAGUUGCCAGAUUGGCCAAAGUAAUGCUAAAACACAGUUUUCGGCUUGAAAUUAUCAACGAAAUUGCUGAGCAAAGUGCGUAUUUGAAUAAUAUAAUGAAAAAAUAUAAAAAAAAAUUGCUUUUCCCAUGAAAAGUACGUUCUGAAAAUUGCAACUUCGAAUAAAAUUAACUGUUUCAUAAAAACUGAACUACAAAUACAUAAAAACUGAAAUUAUA